CGUUUGUGUGAAGAUUUCUUAUCUGGGAUCUCUCUCUUUUCUCUUCUCCAAAAAAUUAAAAUCAACGAGCUUCUUUUCUUCAAUCCAUUUCUCUCUCCCUCCCUCAAAAUUCUCUCGGUUCUUUACGUUUAGAGAGAGAGAGAGAGAGAGAGAGUGGCCCAGCAGAUCGAAAAUCUCCUCCUCUUUCUCCACCCCGAUGACGAUCUAACCUCUCUCUCUCACUGCUGUUUUAUACAAUUUCUUAUUGCCUUCUUUUUCCUUCUUUGAUGCUCGGACUCUCGCGCUCUUAAUUUUCGCUUUCUCUUAAGGUCUUGCGUUAAUGGCUGAAUCCCUGAAGGGUUCUUGAGCUCUCGAAUCGGACGAUGUGGGUUUAAGGAAUGGGAACAAAAGUGCAGUAUGAAAGUUAUUUGCCAGGUUAUCAUUCAAUGAGGGAUCUGAAUGAAGAUUCUCAUGGUUGUAGCUGGCCAUUAUAUUAUGGUGAAAAAGCGUGUCAGAGCGGCCAAUAUUAUAAUGGAAUUUUUCCAAGAGCUACCUCAGAUGCAUAUCUAGGCUGUGAUAGAGAUGCUGUGAAGAGGACAAUGCUUGAGCAUGACGCCCUAUUCAGGAGCCAGGUUCGUGAACUGCAUCGGUUAUAUAUAAAACAAAGAGAGUUAAUGAACGAUAUUAAAAGAUCGGAACACAGACACCCAAUGCCAAUUGACAUAUCGUUCUCCUCUAGUCCUCUAGCAUCUCAAAGUAUGCCUGAGGGUGCGAGGAAAUGGCAUCUCCCAAGCUUUCCUCUUGCAAAUUCUUCCAGUGGUAGACCAUCUGCACCUUGCAUUGAAGAUGUAAAAUCAUCUUUAAGUUCUUUGAAAGAAAACAAUAGAAGCGGUCUCUUACCAUCCCAAAACGGAACUAGUUCAAAAGACUGCGAGGUACUAGAAUCCAGACCCUCAAAGUUUCGGAGGAAAACAUUCGAUCUUCAACUUCCAGCAGACGAGUACGCUGAUAGCGAAGAAGGGGAGGUAUUUCAUGAUGAAAAAGUGCACCCCAUGCUGGGUUGCCAUUCAAAUGGUAACAAGAAAUGUGAGCCUCAGAGUUCUGUGAAUCCUGGUGAAAAAAGUGCUGCUUUGAGAUCUGACUCGAGUUUGUGGAACAAAUGUGGUUUAGCUGACUUAAACGAGCCCAUUCAGGUUGAAGAGGCAAAUGGGUCCAAUUUUUUCGAUCUUCCUAGUGCUCGUGACUCCAGCAAUGGGGAGACUCAAGGCCCCGUUCCGUCCUAUACGAAGCAAGAAAUCUUUCCGUGCUCUAGUAAUGAAGGUGGACAUGCAAUGAAUAGGAAUUCGUAUAUUGAGAACGGAAAAAGAAGGGAGGCAUUCCCCAACAUCUUUAAAGCAGGUCGUAGUAAAGAGAGUGAGAAACCUUUUACUCAUGGUCAGAUGGAAAAGUUCCAUAUAUCUUCUAAUCCAAUGCAAGUUCCACUUAACAAGUUUCAUGAACUUCCAGUCUUCUAUCUCAAUGAUAAAAGCAAGGUUCAUCAGGAGUUGGACUGGCCAGUUAAUGAUUUGCAAUUGUCCAAAAGAGGUUAUGAAAUGUCGAAUGCUGGAGAUCCCGGUUAUCGUCUAGCUUCUCAGACGUCUUGUACAUAUCCAAUCGCUCCUUCUGACAUGGGCAAGUCUUGGGCUCAGUCUGGUUCGUCUUGGGAAAAGCCGAAUGGCAACAGCUCCCAAAAGUCGACAUUAUUUCAUACACAGCCGUCCUUGAAAUCGUCUGCUGGCGUUCACAAGAUUUUACAUUCAUCAUCAUCUCAGAAUAAUGGAAUUUUUGGAGAUAGAUGGAAUUUGAGUAGUGGGUCAAGAUCAAACCCGGGGUCUGGUUGUGAAACUCCUUACCGGAAUGGAUUUUAUCUCGGGCCUACCUCUGGUUCCAAAGGUACCAUAAGGCAUGACCAUGUGACCAACUAUUACAAUGGCUCGGGUUGUGUGGGCACGAAUUCUCCUAGAGACAUUAACUUGAAUGUAGUGCUCUCAAAAACCUUAUCUAAUGAGGCAGGUCAACAACUGAAUUACAGAACCAGAGAGGCAGAACAAAAGAAUGAGGACCAUCAUAAUGUAUUACCAUGGUCGAGAGCUGUGCCUGCUCGUAAGAAUGAAACGAUCGAUUCAAGAAGAUUCUCUAUGACUGGAGAGCUUAAUUUUGUGCUCUCUCCAAAGAAUCAGUUUUCAGACAGAAAUGGAACUGAAAAUGGCAGUAAAGUUAUAUGUUAUCCGAACAUCGAGUCGAAUUCACGUUGUAGUAACAUUGAGCCCAGAAGGUUGGAACAUGGUGAAUGCCAGAGUAACAAAAAACUUCUUGGGUUUCCCAUUUUUGAAGGGCCACAUGUUUCUAAGAAUGAGUCGUUUUCUCUUACAUCCCCGUCGGUACCUUUUCCUAAUCCAUCCGAGAAUGACGUGAAAGAUAACCAGAAAACUAGAGUAUUUGAUAUCAAUUUGCCUUCUGAUCCUUCAGUUUUCGAGUCAGAUAACGUUACUACUGGAUCUCUGACCGUUAGAAAUGGAAAUGACGCGAAAAUUUCUACUGUUAGAGUUAAUAUUGAUUUGAACUCGUGUGUCGACGAUGAAGAAGCAUCUAUGACACCUCUACCUCUGGCUUCUUCGAGUGCCAAGGAAAAGGUUGUGAUAGAUAUAGAUUUAGAAGCCCCGGCAAUGCCCGAAACUGAAGACGAUAUCGAUGCAGAUGAACAGCAAUCACAAUCUCCUCAGCAUAAGGCUGUUGAUAUUCAGGACGAUCUUAUGGCUGUUGCAGCAGAUGCAAUAGUUGCCAUCUCUUCUUGUGGGCCUUCCUGUCAUUUGAACGAUAAUGUUAGCAACGUGUUGGAACAUUCUUCGAGCGAUCUCCUAAAUUGGUUUGCCGAGAUCGUUUCCACACGAGGGGACGAUGUACAGGUCACGUCCGAUACUGUAUUGAGAGCCAAAGAUGACAAGAAUAAUGAGGAAACCGCUCUGAGAGGGAUUGAUUACUUUGAAUACAUGACAUUGAGGCUAGCAGAGGUCGGUGAAGAAGACUACAUGCCGAAGCCCCUGCUUCCGGAAAGUAUGGAAAUCGAAGCUUCUGGAACCAAUUUGUUACAAAAUCGACCCCGAAAGGGCCAGACGAGGAGAGGAAGGCAGCGGAGGGACUUCCAGAAGGACAUCCUUCCAGGCCUUUCCUCUCUAUCCAGACAUGAGGUUACAGAAGAUCUUCAAACAUUUGGUGGCCUAAUGCGAGCAACAGGCCACUCUUGGCAUUGCGGAGUUACGAGGAGGAACUCUACUAGAAAUGGUUGCGGUAGGGGAAGACGACGAUCGGUGAUCAGUCCCCCGGCCCCUGUGCAUUCAGCAGCAUGUAAUCAGCUGAUACAGCAACUAAGUAACAUUGAAAUGGGUCUGGAGGAUGGAAGCCUGACUGGUUGGGGCAAGACAACUAGACGACCCCGUCGACAGAGAUGCCCGGCUGGUAAUCCUCCACCCGUUCCUUUAACUUAAUCAACGAUAGGAGGCUUUGAUUUAUUAACUGAGGGCGAGCACGAGCACGAUGUUAUAGAGGAAAGCUGGGAAGUUUAUUUGUAUGUCUGUAGGUCCCCUCCUCCUCCCCCACACCGCUCUUUGUACAUUUGAUAGCUGAAGAUUUGGGUUCUAGAUGCCUUUGGGUGUUUGCCAAUACUGUAUUAUUCAUAAAUAAUGCUUUUAUGAUGAUUUGUUCCUGCUGGAUAUACACCACCAGUUUUCGGAGCUAAUUCGCACUUUGCUUUCGGU